GGAAGUGAUGGAAGUAAGGGAAGAAGGAUUGAUGGUGUUUGAGACAGUGGCUUUGAAGGAGGAUUUGCAUGGGCUGAUGGUUAGCAUGCGGUGUAGUCAGGAAGGAUGUAAGGAGAGAGCGAAGAUGAUGUGGAAGGAUACAGACCAUGAUAAGGACUUGAGGUGUGCAGAGGACUUUGCAUUAGCAGAUUGAUGAAAGGAUUAUAAGCCACUUGAUGAAUUUUGGCCGGAGAUUGAAGAGACUGUUGAUAAGUUAGAAAAUCUCAUCAGGCAAACUCAGGUCCUGCUUUCAGCAAUGGAAGAUCAGUAUUAUGUGGCUAAGUUCGCAGAGGAAGAACGAAAGGGGAUAGACCUGAUCAGUAGAAGGUUACAAAAGUGGGUAGCAAUGUUUCCGGUAAAGAUCUGGGGGCUUAAUGAGGAAUCAAAUUUCGAUGUUUUCAUUGAAAUGGAUAAGGAGUACAAAAGUGUAGAGUCUGAUACAACCAAGUUAAAUCAAAUUGUCGGACCCUUACUUGCUUUCAUCUAUUCAACAUCAGUAUUAAACCAGAUAGACAUCCUUGAAACUGAAGAGACAGAAGAACUAGAAGCAUCUGUUGCUAAUUUAGAGGAGAACAAGAAAGAUAUUUUUGGAAAAUCAAAUGGAGCUCUCUUUCUUGAAGCUCAGAGAUUUUCUGAACUGGAAAGAAAAUUUAAGUCUGGCAUAAGAAAAGAGUCCUUAGAAGCAAGAGAAGAAAGAACCUCUUUUCAUCUUAAUGAGGAAGAGAAAGAUCAUUUAGAUCAGUCAGAGAAUACUCUCAUGACUGAUCUGGCCUCUGCUGAAGAAUCGAAGGAUGGUAGUAACUCUAUUGUGACAGUUUUUGCAGCAACUUUUAAUGAUAUAUCAAAUUGAAGUGCAAAUUAUAAGGACCUCGUUGAUUUCAUGCAUGACAUAAGAGACUCUAAUCUCGAGCUCAGAGAGGAAAUCGAUAACUAUAUGGAAAAGAAUGGGCUCAAACCAAGCCAAGAAUAUGUCAAUAAUAGGGUCGUACCAGAUAUCAAAGAGGUUACAGAAAUCAUACGUAGUACUAAAAUCGACAAGAAUCCGGAACUAAACCCUCGUUUCAAGCUGAUUUUGGAUCUCAGGAAGAACAAAAAGCCUUGAAGAAACUUUAUGAGGGAAGUAAAGGAAUUCCAAAUGCCAAAGAUACAUUCAUUAGCUAUCAAAAAUGUUCAUAAAAUCGAGCCGGAUGAUUUCUCUGAUUAUCAAAGAUUUAUGAGGCAUACUAUGGCAUCAAAUAUCAGGGAAUUUUUCUUCCAUACAGGGAAUGAAAUAGCAUUGGCUCAGUUCAAUCACUCAAUUUCGAAUAUUCUGACUUUAGUCAAUUAUCAAGCACUAUUUAGCAAUUUUAUUUUAACAGAUGAGGACCUCACAAAUAUCUUUGUAAACUUGGUCAAUUCAAAGCAUUUGGAAUUUGAAGGGUGUAAUUUUGAUAUGGUUACAAAUGACGUGAAGCUCUCCCAGAUGUCUACAUCCUGCCUUGAGAGCAUUACCAUUAAUCCAUCGAAAAAGAAGACAACUGAGACUAAGAUUAUGAAUAUUCUUAGUGCUCUUUGUUACGGACUGAAGAAAACUCCUGUGAGGGAUACUCUAAAGGUGCUGUAUAUCCCUAAAUUCAUGAACAUCAGGGACGUGGCGAUACUAUUUAAAAGUAACCGAUACAAUUUAGAAGACAUCCAAUGAAGCAUGUAAUCGGGUUGGUUACAAGCUAAAGUAAUGUAAUAGUUUCAGAUA